GGCGGCGCGAAUCCCGCUCGCCGCUGGAACGCUGCGGCCAGAGCCAGAGUGGAAGGGGCGCGGGCGAGUGGCCCUCCUAGGACCUGCGGGCGGUGGGCAUGCUGGCAUGGCAGGACGGCGGGGCCAAGGCGGCCCCUGCCCACCACAAGAUCUCCUUCUCAGUCCUCGACAUCCUGGACCCGCAGAAAUUCACGCGCGCUGCGCUCCCUGCCGUGCGCCUCGCUCCCCGGGAAGCCAAGAAAAGUUUGGGGGAGGUCGAAGCGGGAAAGGACGCUAGCCCCGGGCACCUGGUGCGACAGCAGGAAUCCCCCGAUGCUGCGGGCCAAAGCGCCGGCCCGGCGUCCCCCUUGGAGGGCUCGGAGGCCGAGGCGGAGGAGGAGGACGAAGAGGACGCGGGGCGGCCGCGGCGGCGGGAGCCGGCUGCGCGCUCUCCGGAGGCCCGGGCGGCGGCGCUGGCGGCCGGGCAGCGCCGCGCGGACGGCGGGGGCGGUCCCGUGGGCUCCCCGGGCUCUCCCGGCUCCCCGCGGCCCCGGCGCCGGCGCGCCGAGCCCAGCUGCGCCAAGCCGCGGCGCGCGCGCACGGCCUUCACCUACGAGCAGCUGGUGGCCUUGGAGAACAAGUUCCGCGCCACGCGCUACCUGUCGGUGUGCGAACGCCUGAACCUGGCGCUGUCUCUCAGCCUCACCGAGACACAGGUCAAAAUCUGGUUCCAGAAUCGCAGGACCAAGUGGAAGAAGCAGAACCCGGGCGCCGACGGCGCGGCGCAGACCGCGGGCGGCCCGCCCCAGUCUGGGACGCCCGGGGCCGCGGCGGGGGCCGGCGGCGGCGCGGGGGGCAGCCCAGGCCCUCCGGGCCCCGGCGCGCUGCCCUUCCAGACUUUCCCCUCCUACUCGGCGGCCAACGUGCUCUUCCCGGCCGCUGCCCCCUUCCCGCUGGCGGCGGCGGCCGGGAGCCCCUUCGCGCCCUUCCUCGGGCCCUCCUACUUGGCCCCCUUCUACGCCCCGCACUUAUGAGCCCGGAGCUCAUCGGGGUGCUCACGGCGUGGGGUCUCGAGGCGAGGGAUCGGCAGGGCCGUGGGCCCCUCCACGGAGGACAACGACGCGCUCGGGGAUCUGCGCGCCCCUUCCCUUCCCGCCGCCGGAUACGCCGGCAGAGGGCGGGAGCAGCCUUGGUCGCGUCCGGGCCUCAGAGGGUCAAGGAUGCGUCCGGUGUGAACGCGUCGGCAGUCGGAGGCUGCCCUCAGACCCUUCUCUCUUCCAGGCAGGCUUAAUUCGGUUCCAGGGCUUUUGGGGGAGGUCUGGGUGUCCGGGGUGGGGCCAGCAAAGGUGCCAGGAUGGAGACCCGAGGGAGCCGCGACGUCCUGCGCACCUGGGGUGGAGUCAGCGAAUGGCUCUCGCGGAGGGUCCGGCGCUUUCCCCUGCCCUCCUCACGCCGGCACCCAGCGACUGCUCGCAGAGCCCAGGCAAAGCCCAGGAGGAGUCGGCCGACAGGCGCACCCUGCUCUGGGGAAUCGAGUGUUUCUAGAUCUCCGUUUAAGAUGUGGACUCGAGCCAGACACGGGUGCUGGCUGCACCUGUCACCGGAGGCGCAGGUGGGCGCAGGGCAAAGGAUAAGGAAGGGCGCCAGGGCUCCCCCACGAGUGUCACGGGGCCCAGACACCAGGCUGCCGGUUUGGAGGCGCCUUGUUGGAUGUUUGAUACUUCAGUCCAGGGAUCCCCAGGAGAUAAGCAGGUUGGGGAGAACCAGCUGUGGCCACACCCACCAGUUUUUUUUUUCUUUAUUACUAUUUUUAAAAAGCACAAACUUUACAUUUCUGCAUCGCAUCUAAGAGUCUGACCUGAAAGUAAUUUUUGUUCCAGACUCCUCCUGAGAGUGAAUAAACAAGUUUGUUAGGAAAGGAAUUAUUCUCGGGUGUUCAGAGCUGUGGCAAAUCCCAGAAGCACGUGCACAAUGGAUCCAACCGUGGGAACUGUGUACGUGGGCGUUCUGCUUCUAUCAACCUCCCUUUAAAAAUGAAGAUUAAAAUCCUGUAAAUUUCCCUUGCCAGUUUUGUUUGACCACUCUUCCGUUAGAUUUCUCUGUGAAGUGCUCUUGGGGCCCAGGUCUCAAAACCCAGGUGUCCCCAAGAUGCCAGGCGCGUGCUAGUCUCACCUCGACGUCCCGAGCUCAGCCACUACUUGCAAGGACACCAUAUACCCUGGCUAUUUUCUGACAGCCUGUGCCAUUAAUAAUUAACUUUGAGGCUCAAGUGUUUUCAGAGUCAAAGCAGGUGGUUUGGUGUUAGGAACACAUUAUGUUAUUGUUAUAUUGAAAUGUCUAGUUCUGUUAUUUUCAAGAAUGAUAGAAAAUAUCACCUUUCCCAAACUCAAGGGAGACUAACCAUUCAUGUGGCACCCAUCAGAUUAAUGAGUGUGUAUUAUUAAAUGAUGCAUUAUUUGCUAGUUAGACUCCUUUCCAUCUAAUUUAAAGAGGAAAAAUGUCCCCAAACUACACACUAUAACUUUCUAAAAGAAAAAAAAAAAGGAUGGUGCCAGGUGAGAUUAAAAAUUAGGUUGCUGUCAUAGAGAAUAUUGUGUUCUUCACCUCCCUUGUUGGGAAGCCCUCUGGGGACUAUUUGCCGGUUUCUCAAAAGCAGCAUCCCGUGUAUGUGGACAGGCAGCUCACCUGCGCGCUCACCGGCAAGCUGCAAUGGGAGGGCCAGAACGUCAGACUUGAGAGGGAGGGUGUGGGGGCCCCAUCUGUCCGUGACCAGCGUUUGUGCUGUGGUUCCUGACUUCUCCAGGUUGUCACAGGCUAACACUUGGGCCUGUGACUAGACUUCUGUUCUCAAAGUCCCGGCGGCUUUUCAACCAAAUCCUCAGAUGCAAUCUAUCAGUGUGUUUGUCUAAUAAAUUCUUUUUAU